GCAGAUUAUUUUAAAGGACCCCAGCAACUUCAGGCUGCAAGGUUUUCUCAGACCUGAGUUUAGGGGAGAAAAUGGAGUGAGUGGGGCUUGGGGACUCGCCUUAGGCCUGCACUCUUAAUCCAGUCCCUCCUACCUGCCACUCUCCCAUGGAGAUCUGGCUGGAGCCCACAUGCAAUAAUUAACUCCUGGGUGGCCUUCGCCCUAUCCUAAGCACCUCUCCUGGGCCACAUUCCCACUGCCCGUCUCCUAGGCCACUAAGCCCCUCUUUCCCCUAGAGUGAGGCAAGGGGGACCGUAGAGCAGAGCAGAAGCCUGAGUCAGACCGAGAGCCACCUCUUCUCCCAGCCAACAAAAUCAUAAAAGUUUCAAACCCUGAAACAUUUGCCUGCAAGGAUUUCAAACAAGGGAUUGUGGACCUAUGGCAAUCUCCUGGUUAUUUCUGCAUUUUGCCCAAACUCCAUCCCUUAGUUGCACCACCUUGAUCCUCAUGACCUUGAAGAGAAGCCAGGGAGGUCCCAGCCAGGAACAAGCAUGGCCUGGAAGACUAUGUAUCUCCUGUUCCUUUUGGUGUGGGUGGCUGCUGUAUGGGCAGCCCGGCACAGGACCGAGCUUCUCAACGUCUGCAUGAAUGCCAAGCACCAUAAGGAGAAGCCAGGUCCAGAGGACAAGCUACAUGAGCAGUGCAGCCCCUGGAAGAAGAACGCCUGUUGCUCCGUCAACACCAGCCAAGAAGCCCAUAAGGAUGUUUCCUACCUGUACAGAUUCAACUGGGACCACUGUGGCAAGAUGGAGCCUGCUUGCAAGCGCCACUUUAUUCAGGACACCUGUCUGUACGAGUGCUCACCUAAUCUGGGGCCCUGGAUCCAGGAGGUGAACCAGGGCUGGCGCAAAGAACGGAUCCUGAACGUGCCUCUCUGCAAAGAGGACUGUGAGAGCUGGUGGGAAGAUUGCCGCACCUCCUACACCUGCAAGACCAACUGGCACAAGGGCUGGGACUGGACUGCAGGGUAUAACCAGUGCCCAUUGAGAGUUGCCUGCCACCGCUUUGACUUCUACUUCCCCACACCUGCUGCUCUGUGCAAUGAAAUCUGGACUCAUUCCUACAAAGUCAGCAACUACAGCCGGGGAAGCGGCCGCUGCAUCCAGAUGUGGUUCAACGCGGCCCAGGGUAACCCCAACGAAGAGGUGGCAAAAUUCUAUGCUAAUACCAUGAGUGGGGCUGGGCUCCAUGAGGCCUGGCCUCUGCAUUUCGGCCUCGUCCUACUAUUGCUCUGGCUGCUCAACUGAGCUCCUUUAAUUUUCUGCUACCUGGACAUCCCUGCCCUGUUAAGCCCCACAGCGCCCAAUUAGUCAGUUUCUGUUCCUUGGUGGGAACUCUGACUGUUUGAAUAAAACCAGACAGCCCACAUGUGUCAAGUUAUUUGAGUGUGAAUAGGAAUGUGACUUUUGGGCUUCCUAGGUGGCGCAGUGGUGGAGGAUCCUCCUGCCAAUGCAGGGGACACGGGUUCGAUCCCUGCUCCAGGAAGAUCCCACAUGCCGCGGAGCAACUAAGCCCGUGCGCCACAACUACUGAGCCUGAGCUUUAGAGCCUAUGAGCCACAACUAUUGAGCCCAUGUGCUGCAACUACUGAAGCCCACGUGCCUAGAGCCCGUGCUCCGCAACAAGAAACCACGGCAAUGAGGAGCCCGCACACCACAACGAAGAGUAGCCCCCACUCACCGCAACCAAAAAGAAAGCCUGCGCAGAGCAAAAAAGACCCAACACAGCCAAUA